AUGAGAGGCGCCACCAUCCUGAAGGCAUCCGACGACAAGACCCGCGCGCUCAACCAGCACACAUUGAUGGCCUUCUCCGGCGAGGCAGGCGAUACCAUCCAAUUCGCAGAAUACAUCCAAGCAAACGCCCAGCUGUACUCGAUGCGCAACCAGAUCGACCUAUCACCGUCCGCCGUUGCGAACUUCGUCCGCGGACAACUGGCCUCGAGCUUACGCUCGAGGAACCCGUAUAAUGUCAACCUCCUGCUUGGAGGCGUUGAUCCCAUCACCGGGAAGCCGAGCUUGUACUGGCUGGACUACCUAGCAUCGUUGGCUCAAUUACCAUAUGCCGCCCACGGCUACGCACAAUACUACUGCCUCUCUAUCCUUGAUAAGCACCACCACCCCGAUAUUGACUUUGAGCAAGGAAUGAAGAUCCUGCGACUGUGCACGGAUGAGCUGAAGAGGAGAUUGCCGGUGGACUUCAAGGGGAUGCUGGUGAAGGUUAUCACGAAGGAUGGGAUCAGGGAGGUAGAGUAUGAUGAUGAUGCGGUGGUGAAGAGCGCCUGA